CUCAGGCAGACCCCGCCUCCGGAUCGUAGAUCAUUUGCUCGCUCCCCCGUCAGUCAUAUAAGCCAAAUAUGCCGGUUUAUGCGGCGGAGGGGCAGGCUCUACAGCACUAGUAGAAAGGUCAUUAGAGAUCUUUCUAAUAUAUCCGCGAAUUCCUGUCACAAUGGAAACAACGCAAAGAUCAUGACUUACAUGGUGUCAGCAUGGGGACAAAGUCGACCUGACGCGUAACACUGCAGCAGUCUUAGCUGCGUCUGUAAAUCAGGAUCUUGGAAAAUGAUCGCUUGGGACGUAUAGAGAAGGUUGAAGGUGUGUGAAGGGGCUCCGGUCAACAAGAAAAAAAAAAGCAGAAAUCGGGUUUCGAAUUUAUUUAAGAAAACAAGCAAAGGGUAAAAGAUGUUAAGACUGGCAAGCUGCACAACACUGCUGUUCCUGCUGCUGAGGGUAGCGGGCCUGGCCUGGUCCCAAGUCUUUCCUAGCCUUCUCAUUUUCUACCUGGGAGCAGGUGGCUGGAGGUUUCUGCGCAUCAUUAUUAAAACCCUUCGGAGAGACCUGCAUGCGGCCUGGGUCCUCCUCCAGGUUAAAUAUAAUGUGAAGCGCAGCUUGCGAGAAGGCAGAACAGUGCCCAAGAUUUUUGCUGAGAUAGUGAAACGACAUCCCAACAAGCCAGCCUUAAUCUUCGAUGUCACAGGUGAAACUUGGACCUUCCAACAGCUGGAUGAAUACUCCAAUCGGGUGGCACAUCUUCUUUCAAAGGAGGGUUUCCACGAAGGAGAUGUGGUGGCUAUCUUCAUGGAGAACUGUAAUCAGUAUGUUGGACUGUGGCUGGGAAUGGCAAAGAUUGGAGUAGAGGCUGCACUCAUCAACUUCAACCUGCGACUUGAUGCCCUAGUCCACUGUGUGAACAUCUCCAAUGCUAAAGCUGUGGUGUUUGGCAGUGAACUUUCGACAGCAAUGCAGCAAGUGCAGGCUUCUGUGGGGACAGCAGUGAAACUUUUUUGCUGCGGCGAAUGGGACCCAAAGAAGGUACUUGAAGGGACUGAGCAGUUGGAGCCUUUGCUGGAAUCAUCUGCCUCCCACCAGCCAAACAUUCCACAGAGAGGUUUCACAGACCGUUUAUUCUACAUUUAUACAUCUGGGACAACAGGAAUGCCAAAGGCUGCAAUUGUCGUACACAGCAGGUACUAUCGUAUGGCGGCCUUAGUCUAUUAUGGUUUUGGGAUGCGUUCUGAUGAUAUCCUUUAUGACUGCUUACCUCUUUACCAUUCUGCAGGUAACAUUGUUGGAAUUGGUCAAUGCCUUCUACACGGAAUGACUGUGGUCAUCAAGCGCAAGUUCUCUGCCUCUCGUUUCUGGGACGACUGCAUCAAGUACAAGUGCACUAUUGUUCAGUAUAUUGGCGAGAUCUGUCGCUACCUGUUAAACCAACCAGUACGGGAGACUGAGCGACAGCAUUGGGUUCGAAUGGCACUGGGUAACGGCCUGCGCCUUUCAAUCUGGGAGGAGUUUGUCAAACGGUUCAAUGUGCCACAGAUAGCGGAGUUCUAUGGGGCAACAGAGUGUAACUGCAGCCUGGGAAACUUUGACAACAAGGUUGGAGCGUGUGGAUUUAACAGCAGCAUUCUGCCAUUCAUCUACCCGAUCCGGUUGGUGAAGGUGGAUGAAGAGACUAUGGAGCUGAUCAGAGGGCCUGAUGGGGUGUGCAUACCCUGCAAAGCAGGUGAACCUGGUCAGCUUGUUGGGCGGAUCAUUCAGAAUGACCCUCUGAGGAGAUUCGAUGGCUAUGUGAACCAGUCUGCAACCAGCAAGAAAGUGGCACAGGAUGUCUUCAAGAAAGGGGACAGAGCAUAUCUCUCUGGUGAUAUUCUCGUUAUGGAUGAAUAUGGUUACAUGUACUUCAGAGACCGCACAGGGGACACAUUCCGAUGGAAGGGAGAGAACGUAUCUACAACUGAGGUGGAAGGAACACUCAGCCGAAUCUUGGACAUGACUGAUGUCGUGGUCUAUGGGGUGGAGGUGCCAGGGAUUGAGGGGAAGGCUGGAAUGGCAGCUAUUGCAGAUCCAAGUAAUGGAAUAGAUCUGGAGAAAUUUGUAAAAGAUGUGGAAAAAGAACUGCCCUCUUACGCUCGACCAGUCUUCAUCCGUUUGCUCCCUGAAGUUAACAAAACUGGAACCUACAAGUUCCAAAAGACCGACCUCCGACAUGAAGGAUUUAACCCUAAGGUCAUUUCUGACCGACUUUACUUCUUGGACUCUAGCAAAGGGAAAUACGUCCCUCUGAACGAGACCCUCUUCCAGGGCAUCCAGUCAGGGAAGCAGAAGCUGUGAAUGUGCAACACUUUCUUUUGAUUACCUCAAUCUACUAGCGUGCUAGUGAAAUGGAAGGGAAGGGGUGAAGGGGGAAGAGUGUAGUGGGGGAAAGGGAGGGUGCAAUGCAAGGGAUUGAGAGCUCAGUGUGGCUCUAGCACUGUAAGGGGUCAAAUAUUUCUAAAAGUCAUAUGUACAUACAUAGAUAUUUGCAAAAAAAGUUCUCGGAGGGAGGGAUUCACAGGUGGACCACAUUUACAAGAUCAAAGCCAAUCAGAAACCAGAGAAGGGAUUUUUAUUUAUUAUCGUUUUUGUUGGACUGGUGUCCUGGCCAGGGUUGGUUCCUGAAUUGCACUACUUGCUACCAGUACAGACUCUGCCUCACCGCGACCCUGGGUUACUCUUCUCAUGCUUACACAGUCGGCCCAUUCAGGGGGUGUCCUUACCUUGACGCCUGAUGCUGCUGGGAACGGCUCCGUCUCCUCCUAACUCAGAACGGGAUUCAGCUGCUCUGGAACACAAAUGAUUGAUUAUUACUGAAUCCUGUCCUGGUUUGAACCUCUGGUUCAUUUCUUCUUUCAGGGCUGUAGAAGUUGUCCCCUAUAAGAUGAAAUUACAGCAAAUCACUGACUAUUGGAAAUGACAGCUAUUAAAAAUCAAAAUUCACCACAAUUAAUUUAUUAUACAAAGUGUGUUCAGGGUGAUUUUUUUUAUGGUCUAGGGAUAUUUUACAUGUCCAGCCAAUUUAAGCCAAUAUGUAAAUGGUGUAAAAAAUAAAUAAACAUGUAAAUAAGUUACAAACCAACAUAUUUACAGUAAAUGGGUAAACAAGAAAUAAGCACAGUUGCACUAUUUGCAGCUUUUUCACUUUAUGCUUUGGUGGCUUUGCUUCAUUAAAAAUUUAUUUCUGUGUCAUCACAAGGGGCUCAAAUAUCCUCAAGGAACAUUAAGUAUUAUUUAGCGUCAAUUCUGGCCGUCGUGUAAAUAAAAUUAUUUUUGUAAGGAUGAUUUUAUAUGGAUGGCGUAAAGGAGGCAUGCAGGUCUUAUAACUGUAGGAACCUGGAUUAACAUUUCAAGCCGUGUCGUGGUCUCGGUAACGUUUGCCUCUUCUCCCACCGGUCACGUGCGUUUUCUCAGCUUUCUUUCCAAAUCCCGCAAUGGCACAUUAGGCUGAACGGCUUUUGUAAACUGGCCAUGUAGAGUGUGAGUGUAUCCUGCAAUAAACAGGAGUCCAGGCCAAGGCUGGUUUCUCCAUUGAAAUGUUGUCAUUACUACUGUCAUAGGUGUCUGUGUGUGAGGUGAGCCUCUCUUCUGAAACUUGAAAACAUUCUAGACAUUCUGUACACAAGUCUUGUGCUGCGUCUGUAGAUGAUUUACGCUUGCUGUUUUUCAGAUUUUUUUUAAUCACCCCUUUUUAGCAGACUUACAUGUUAAAUGUACCCUUUGUGAAUAAUAUUCUGUCAUUUUUUGAUGACCAAGGACUGAGCUUGUACUUUUGUAAUGAAUCAUUGGAGACAGAGGGCCAAACGGGAUUCCAUGUUUACUCAUGACUAGCCAAAGUACCGGCAUUGCCUGGAUAUGUUUAUAUACUGUAAGUGGUUAAGGUAAGAAAGCAAAUGUUUGUGUUUAUUAAAUGCUUACCCUUUUGUCAUUGCUGGCUGAAAUGCCAAUGUCCCGUCCAUCAUCUACUCUACCUCUCAUCAAUUUCUCUGCUCCCACAAGUCCAAAAUGUGUUCUUUCUGUGUAUGACUGGAUUCCAUAAUCGCGGUAACUCCUUUCUGGGUUGGAACACACUUCUUUGUGUUUCUGGUUUACUGUAGUUUCCUGAACAGAUGUUUAAUCCCACAUUAAUAAACUGGAUGGCCUGUUGA